AUGAUCGCCACCCUGAUCUUUAGCGUCAUCGCGAGCUUCGCCAUCUAUCAGAUAACCUGGAGAUAUCGUAGUCUACAGCAAAAUGUCGCGCUCGCAAAGAGCUCGGGAUUACCUGUGAUUGUAGCGCCAUGGCACAUGUUCAGUAUCUUCUGGCUGUCAACUUUCAAGUUAUGGACGCCAUUGCUGCAGAGAUUUGUGCCAGAACCACUAAGAGGCAUGUGGAUGGACAUCCUGCAUCCGGAAUGGGGUUAUAUGAGCGGUCAUGAGCCCUUCAAAAAGAUGGGGAUGGACGUGUUCAUUGUGGCUUCUCCUACCAGAAAUACUGUCUACGUGGCCGAUGCGGAGGCCGUCAACCAGAUUACCAGCCGCCGCAAUGAUUUUCCCAAGCCUCUUGAGAUGUACGGGUCACUGGACAUUUACGGAAAGAAUCUUGUGUCUACUGAGGGGUCAGAUUGGCGUGCACACCGUAAACUUGUGGCACCGAGCUUCGGUGACAAGAACAAUCAACUCGUGUUCAAUGAGACUAUUCACCACGCAACGUCGAUGCUCGAUCUGUGGGCUGGGCCUGAUGGUAAAGGAAACCUGACCGUGGCUGACCCUUCUGUCGCCGCAAUGAACUUUGCUCUCUAUGUUAUUAGUGGUGCAGGUUUCGACGUACGCGUAGUGUGGCCGCACGAAGAGGGCAAGAAACCAAAGACUAAGAAGGGUGGAGAAGACUCGAUCUUCGUAGGAUCCGAAGCACCUCCAGGCCACACCAUGAACUAUAGGGAAGCUCUUAGCGAACUGCUCCACAACAUCAUGUGGACUCAGAUUAUGCCUAUCAAGUGGCUUUCGCGAUCACCAGUCAAAGUCCAUCGUACAGUCGGAGAGGCUGUAGGCGAAUGGGGAAAGUACAUGAACGAGAUUUACGAAAAGAAGAAGACCCAGGUUGAAUCCGGCGAUGAUACAAAAGAAGGCAUGGAUCUCUUUGAUGCUCUGAUUCGAGGAAGCGGCAUUACCAAGGAGGAGGGCUCGACGAUUACGAAGAGCGAUUUGCUGGGCAACGCUUUCGUAGUAAUGCUGGCUGGUCACGAAACGACAGCCAACACACUACAUUUCUCGAUGAUAUUCCUCGCAAUGAACUGGGCGUCCCAGAAGCGGCUACAGGAAGACAUCGACAAGAUAUUUGCGGGUAAGCCGAUGGACGAAUGGAAAUUUGAGGAGCAUUUCCAACCCCUUUUCGGUGGUAUGGCGGCAGCUGUCAUGAACGAGACAUUACGCAUUCUACAACCCAUCGUCAACAUCCCAAAGUCUACUGCGCCGGGUCAACCCCGGCCAUUAAAUGUUGGAGGCCAACAAUACAUGAUACCUGGAGAUACACAUAUCUUCCUUAGUGCGGCUAUCCACCGCAAUCCUAAAUACUGGCCAGCACCAUCUGAUGGAUCGAAUAAGAACGGGAUCCCGGACGUAGACUGUUUCCGACCUGAACGCUGGCUCGUCGACACUAAGCCUGACAACGACUUUGUCGACAUCAAUUACGAUGAUGAAGAUUUACGUGGACCAUCAGGAGAAGACACUUCAGCUCAACUCUUCAAGCCCGUCAAAGGUUCAUACAUCCCCUUCAGCGAUGGCUUUCGAUCAUGCAUUGGCCGACGUUUCGCUCAAGUUGAGAUUCUUGCCGUGCUGGCUGCGAUCUUCUCGCAGUAUAGCGUUGAGCUUGCAGUAGAUGACUUCGCUAGUGACGAAGAAGUAGAGAAGAUGCCAAAAGGAGGCAAGGAGAGGAGAGAGCUAUACCGAAAGGCUGAGGAUAGAGCCAAUGACUUCCUCAAGAACAAAGUGGCGAGCAUUGUCACGCUACAGUUGAGGGGCGUGUCUAUACCCAUCAGGUUGAUGAAGAGAGGAGAGGAAAGGUUCGCCUUCGACUAG